GCCGAAUCGGAGGCAGCGGGCCUGCGAGUGCAGGCAGUGCGUGGCCAGCUCUCCCAUCUCGCGGCAAGAUCGACACCGCCGGCCUCUCGGUGGAAGAGCUGGAGACCCUCAGGGCCAUUGGCUCCAAGCAGGGGCAGCACGAGCUGGCGCAGCGCUACCAGAAGUCCAAGAAGGCUCUCGGGCUCAGUGUACGGCCCAAGCAGCACAAUCCCACCAGCUUGCACACCCGUGGGUCCCAGGCCCAGUCUGAGAUCAAGCAGUUGGAGAAGCGCCUCUUGCGAGAAUUGGGCAAUCUCGACAAGUGGCUGAACGACGUGCUGGACUUCUGGGGCCACAUCAAGUCUUUGUCACACAAGCUUGACGAGCAUGAGGGCAUGUAUAAGAAGCUGGUCAUUCAAGUCAAGGGUGAGGUGCAAGCCGAGGACAUGGCGGAUCCCAAGGUCGCCCCCGCGCUCAUCAGUCUCAAGGCCCUUGUGACGGCG